GAGUUUCAUUUACGCUUCACGACCACACUGCGCGGUAGAUACUAUCAUUACCCUUACUUUACGGAUAAGGAAACUGAGUCACUGAGUUGUUAGGUAACCUGCCCAGCAUACAGCUGAAUAUAAAUCGUACGCUGCUAUCAAAACUUUCUUUUGCUCUCACUCCCUCACACUGGCUGGGGUGAGACGAUUUCUCGCAUGUGACUGCCCAGGACAGCCACAGAGCCUCCGGGUCACAGGCCCCCGGACGCCUAAAGGCGCGGGCGCGAGGCGGGCAGGGCGCGGGGAGGGCGCAGGCCGGGAUUGGUGGAAGGGAAGAGAUUGGUGGAAGACAAUGGAAGUCUAGUAGCGGAAGUCCCGCCCAGCCUAGGCCGAUCUUCCGGCUCUCACUGCUAGGGGCUUAAGUGGAGGGAGUCGAGCCAGCGUCGCCGCGAUGGUGUUGUUGGAGAGCGAGCAGUUCCUGACGGAGCUGACCAGACUUUUCCAGAAGUGCCGGACGUCGGGCAGCGUCUAUAUCACCUUGAAGAAGUAUGACGGUCGAACCAAACCCAUUCCAAAGAAAGGUACUGUGGAGGGCUUUGAGCCCGCAGACAACAAGUGUCUGUUAAGAGCUACCGAUGGGAAGAAGAAGAUCAGCACUGUGGUGAGCUCCAAGGAAGUGAAUAAGUUUCAGAUGGCUUAUUCAAACCUCCUGAGAGCUAACAUGGAUGGGCUGAAGAAGAGAGACAAAAAGAACAAAACUAAGAAGACCAAAGCAGCAGCAGCAGCAGCAGCACCUGCCGCAGCAGCAACAGCAGCAACAACAGCAGCAACAGCAGCAACAGCAGCACAGUAAAGGGCAUACAUUUCCUGCUUUCACCAAUUAACCACUGAAUUGCUAUUUUUUCCUUUUGGCCAGAUAGCUAGGUUUCUGGUUCCCCCACAGUAGGUGUUUUCACAUAAGAUUAGGGUCCUUUUGGAAAGAAUAGUUGCAGUGUUUAUAGGAUAGUUGUGGUAAGAAUCUAGUUUAUUUUGCAUUUGGCUAAUUGGUCUGUGCUGCAUGGUUAUAUACUCCUGGAUUAUAGAUUACAAGUCUCUGUAGACAUCUCUGUGAAGAGCAAGCUAUCAUUAAACAUGUCUGUUUAUCA